UCAUCUUCUCCACACAGCUCAGUAAACCACACAGAAGUUUCGCAUUUCAAUGCUCUCGCUGCAUCAUGGUGGGAUCCGCAUGGCUCAAGCAGGCUGCUGCAUCUUAUGAAUCCAUUGCGUCACGACUUCAUUCAAAGAUGUAAAGAGACACGCAUACAGGAGGAAGGUCAGAAGAUGCGGAUACUUGAUAUUGGUUGCGGAGGCGGCAUCUUCGCCGAAUCUGCUGCACGCCUUUCGAGCACAGCUAGUGUGACAGCAAUCGAUCCCACACCCGAGGUGAUCGCAAUAGCACGCAAGCACGCUCGUACGGAUCCCAAGCUCAUGGAGGAAGGUCGCUUGACAUAUCUCAACACUGCAAUUGAGAACCUUCCAUUGCCGUCAAGUCCGCAAGAAGGAUUUGACGUCAUCACUGUUUUCGAAGUCAUCGAGCAUAUUCAGCAACCCGUGCCAUUUCUGCGUGCAGUGCUGAAGCAUCUCAAACCUGGUGGCUGGCUUAUCGGGUCGACGAUCGCGCGGACAGGCGUCAGCUGGCUGACGACCAAGUUUGUGGCGGAGGAGGUGCUACGGAUGGUGCCGCGUGGCACGCACGAAUGGAGUCAAUAUAUCCAGCCCUCGGAGAUGCGCGAGUGGGCCAAAUAUGAAGAUGGUGUGGAUGUCGGUGUGGACGGCCGCGGAUGGCAAGUGAUGGGUGUAGUUUAUGUUCCAGGGCUUGGCUGGAAGGAGGUUUCAGGGAGUGCCGACUGGGGCAAUUACUUUUUUGGUGUGAGGAAGCUC